AUUUCGCCUAGCUUCGUUAGGUUGUUUCGUUAGUUCUGAUAAUCAAUUCCUAAAUGUGGGCAGACGUUCUUCCGUCAUAUUGAUUGCAACAGGAGGGACCACAUUUAUUAAUCGCGAAAUUCUACUUAAAUAUUGAAAAUCAUUUUCUCAAAUGCGGGCCCACAUUGUUCCCGUCAUAUAUGGUGAUCGAAACAAGUGGGCCCACAUUUGUUUAUCGCUUAGUGGGUUGACGUUCUUCCGUCAUAGUGAUUGCAACAGGAGGGACCACAUUCCAAAAUCGCUAAGCUUCAUUAGCUUGGCUUACUUAAAACCAUUUUCUAAAAUGUGGGCCCACAAUGUUCCCGUCUUAUAGUGAUCGAAACAGGUGGGCCCUCAAAUGUAAAUCGCUGGGUUUCAUUGGGUUGACAGAAGUCAUUUAGGCUAGUGGGCUCACAUUUGCCAUUACUUUGCAUGGGUAUGUGACAUUAUAUAUUAUUUAUAUUUUCUAAUAUUGAUGGGAAAUAUCUUUAUAAAUCAUUUCGUGUGACGUUAAUUCCACGAAAGGCACAAACAUCUUUGAAGUUUGAAUAACGUCAUCAUAGCUGACCACACUAGUUUUACAAAAAUAGUUACAAAGCAAGAAACUUAAAUCUACUUCAAAUUAAAUUUACAGAGGCAAUACCACCCAUUCUACCUUUUCCAGUAUAACACAUCAAUCUGAUCAUAAGUGUUGGUGGCGAUAUAAGCCUGAAAAUAUGUCUACGCUUGAAUUGACCUCGGACAUGAUACAAGCCUCAAACUUGUUCCAUAAAAGGAAUAACUCAUGAAUAUUAAUGACCCCACCACCUAGUUUGGCGAUGUUCGUAGAAGUGAGUUCUGCUGUAUUGCCAUCGCAUUUGUACAUUUUAAUCCAAUUAUAAGUCAUAAUAAUUAUUUUAAAUAGACAAAAUAGCAGUUCGUAAUGCGGGUUUGUUUACGUAGUACAUAUUCUCAACAACAAGUGCGUUCAGUUUCGAAUGUGGACCCACCUCGAACUUUCGAUUAGGCAAACGGAGUUAGCUCCCUUCUCGAACCACCGAUAAUGCGGUUUCGCCGAUAUUUCUUUAUCCUUUCGAAGCCUAGUUCGUUUUUGAAUACACAUUUUCGGCAACCAGUCCUCAAACUUUCAAGAGUGAAAUUCUUGCCUUAUUUCUCCCUAGGAAUUUUAUUCCAUUUCCCGACAAGUAUGACUUUUGAAAGAAACUAUUUCACCAAUGAUAUUGGUGUUAUUGCACUGCAUAUGUUUCUUGAUACUUUUCCAUAUUUUUCAUAAAUAAUCCUUAACAAAGGAACUCUUUAUAUUGGCAAGUCUCCAGGCACGGUAUAGCUCAUUUAUCACAACACUAUUCAAACCCAGCAGCCCUUAGCAAGUUCAGUCAUGCGCAUACCAUUGUGUCCAACGAACAUACGAGAAGUGGUUCAUGUGAGACGAGAGCUGUGAGGUAUGUACCCCCUUGGCACACUUGCUUGAAACAAACAAAGGACGUCACAGCUCUCUCUUCUCUCGUUUAAAGGAGAUACAUCUAAAAUGGAAGAAGCAUGCAAAGACCAGACUAUUGCUGACAGAAUCAAGCUUUGGGGAGAAACAGAUCCACACACACCUGCCUUUAUUUUCUGGAGUCCUAACGGUAGAUGUGUCCUGUCUCGGGGCGAUGUCCUGGAUCUGUCGAGAAGAUUUUCCGCCAGGCUGACUCAGAAAGGUGUCCAGCCGGGCGAUGUGGUGUGCGUGUCUCUUCCGAACAGUCCAGAGAGAGUUGUGGUGGACUUUGGCGUGCAGCUGACGGGUGCUGUGUCCAUGAACGGACAGAUUCUACGUUCAGAUGGGCAAGAUAUCCUUGAAUCAAUGCGCAAAGCAAAAUGCAAAGUCUUAGUUAUUGAUCCAGAUGAAGGGAAUGAUGCAUGGAACAUAUGCAGGAAACAUGUGUCCAUUGUAUCUGAAGACCAACACAUGCCUAUCGCCACGAGUGUGGAGGUCCCAACACUGGCUAACAUUGCAUUUUGUAAAACCAGAAAACCAGAGUCGUUAUUCCUGAAAACUCUCCCUUCAAUAGAAACUAGCAUCAUGAACAUCCCGAAGCACAAGCCAACUGAUGUUGCCUACAUAUUUGCAACUUCCGGCACCUCAGGGUACAGUAAACUUGUUCAGCAUACUCACAGGUCUCUGAUGGUGAUGUGCUUCAGACUGACUGAAGAUACAGGAAUGAAAGACAAGCAUAGUAAAAGCUUCAGUAGUGGUCCUCUUGGGUGGAUUGGGGGCUUCCCAGUAUAUUACCUUUAUUCCGGGUGCCCCCAGGUAUUGAUAGAUGAUACAGCCGAGGCUGUGUCCGAUAGACUCCAAUUUAUUUGGGAUGUAGCCUGCAAAGAAGACAUCCAAGUUUGUACCCUCGCCCCUUUUCAGUUUAUGGGCAUUCUUGGACGCAGGGACAUCUGGGAGUCCUCAGGAAAGAAACUUCCUAUGAUUGUAACGGGAGGACAGCCUCUUCACAGAGAGUAUCUGGAUACCAUUGGACAGCUUACAGAAUCCAUAUUUUGCCUGUAUGCCUCAACAGAGGUUGGGUAUGUUGCUGGCAUCGGUUUCAGGGAAUCCAAUCUGAGCCUUUUCAAGGAAAACAUGGCAGGGGUUCUUGCUUCAGGUGUGGAGGCCAAAAUAGUUGAUUCAAAUAUGGCCAGUGUGGCAGAGAACACUCGUGGAGAAAUUCUCAUACGUUCAGAGACAAUAACUGCAGGAUAUGUUGAUGUUCCUGAUAAACAUCCAGCCUUUCUGUCAGACGGAUGGUUCAGAACAGAUGAUAUUGGGUUCAUUGACGGCAAAGGUUGUCUGAUUGUGGAAGGAAGAAGUUCGGAUGCCAUCAUGCACGGUCAGUACAUCCUCUACCCCACAUGGCUGGAAGAAAAGCUUGCCAGAUGUCCUGGUAUUAAGCAGAACUAUAUUGUUCCGGUGCCAGACAAGGUCAUGCACCACGAGAUUUGUGCCUGUGUCCAACUGGAGGAGGGAGCUCGCCUUACAGGGGAGGAUGUCAUAACCUUUGUUAGAGGUGACGUGGCUGAGACCGUGAGGUCGGAUAUGAAUGUUGUUCCAAAGUAUGUGUUAUUCUUUGAUUCGUUUCCUGUCACAAAGACAUUGAAGUUGGAUCGAAAAGAACUCACCAGGUUUGCCCAAAAGAGGCUGCAGCUGGAGUAGACAUCAAUAAGGCGUAUAUUCUAUCAGGAGAACACAAGUUUAAGCGUUACAUCAAAUAAUUGUUUGCGUUUGGUGAACAGGGCUCCCUAAUGUUAAGGGGGCACGGGUGGCCCAGUCGUCUAGGGCGCCACGAUUCGCUGUGCAGAGUUGCGUCCCUUGGGCACGCCAGAAACCUAUGAUUGUGGGUUCGAAUCCCCGUUCGCCGCAAUUAUGUUU